AUGAGCUCUCCCAGCGAAAAAGAGGCCAGCGGCGGCGAGGUCAUGACCACUACGGUCAGUCCCGUGCUGGACGCCUCCCGCGCUCUCGAAGCUGCGGCCGCCACCGAGGCCGAACACAACAUGGGUCUGAUGAAAUCGCUCAAGCUUUACAAAAAGGCAUGCAUGUGGUCCAUCUUCUUCUCGACAUGUAUUGUCAUGGAAGGAUUUGACAUGACCAUCAUCAAUGGUCUCUACGUCUACCCUGCCUUUGCCGAAAAAUUUGGCGAGCCCUCGGCCGACGGGUACCAGCUGACGGCUGCGUGGCAGUCGGGUCUCUCCAACGCCGCUCUCUGCGGCCAGAUUCUUGGCCUCUUUGUUGCUGGUGUUAUUGCCGAUCGUUUCGGCUAUCGCAAGACUCUAGUCGGCGCCCUCACCCUCUGCAUCUGCUUCAUCUUCAUCAUCUUUUUUGCCGAGUCCCUUCCUCAGCUUCUGGUCGGCGAACUCCUCAUUGGCUUUCCCUGGGGUGUCUUCCAGACUCUCACGACGACAUACGCGUCGGAAGUCUGCCCUACUCAUCUUCGUGCAUACCUCACGACCUAUGUCAACCUCUGCUGGGUCAUGGGCCAGUUUAUCGCUUCCGGUGUCCUCCGUGGCAUGAUCCCACUCAACAACAAAUGGGGCUACAAGAUCCCAUUUGCCCUGCAAUGGGCAUGGCCGCUGCCUCUCAUCAUCGGUAUCUGGCUCGCUCCGGAAUCGCCGUGGUGGCUGGUGCGCAAAAACCGACUCGACGACGCAAAAAUAUCGCUUCAACGCCUCACGACCCGCAAUAGUGGCUUUGAAUUCCGGCCUGACGAGACCAUCUCCAUGAUGAUUCACACCAACGAAAUGGAGAGAAAAAUCCAAGCGGGUACAACGUACUUGGAUCUAUUCAAAGGCGUCAACCGCCGCCGUACUGAGAUUGCUGCCUGCGUGUGGGUCAUCCAGACAAUGUGCGGCGCUUCGUUCAUGGGUUACUCGACCAUGUUUUACCGCCAAGCCGGUCUUGCCACGGAAAAUGCGUUCAGCAUGUCGCUCGCUCAGUAUUCUCUUGGUUUCAUCGGUACAAUCUUCUCAUGGUUCCUCAUGACGCGCUUCGGCCGCCGCUCUCUGUACCUCUAUGGACAGUGCAUCCUCUUCGUCUUGCUCGUCAGUAUUGGCGGCGCCGCGUUUGCUGGUCGCCAGAACAUCUCCGCGCAAUGGACUAUUGGAUCUUUACUCCUUGUCUACACUUUCUUCUAUGACUGCACUGUUGGACCCGUCUGCUACUCGCUCGUCUCCGAAAUCAGCUCGACGCGACUCCGCACCAAGUCUGUCGUCUUCGCGCGUAACAUGUACAACAUUGCCAGCAUCGCUACCAACAUCCUCACCCCGCGCAUGCUCAAUCCGACCGCUUGGGACUGGGGUGCCAAGUCUGGCCUAUUCUUCGCCGGCACCAGCGCUUUGUGCAUCACGUGGACCUACUUCCGCCUGCCCGAGCCUAAGGGCCGCACCUUUGGCGAGCUUGACGUGCUCUUUGAGCGUCGUGUAUCAGCCCGCAAAUUCAGUGCAGCGGUUGUAGAUCCUGCCGAGAUUUAUGGUAUCGAGCCGGAAGACGGAAAAGCGCUCGCGGAGAAGACGGAGGGCAAGGCCGAGCUCAUUGAGCAGGCGAAAUAA